CCCCCCCCCCAAUCUCUCUCUCUCUCCUCCUCCUCCUCCUCACCCAUCCUCCAUCCACAUCCUCUCUCUCCUCUCGACACACGGCAGGAUGGACGUCGUAAACCAGCUGGUUGCCCAGGGUCAAUUCAGGGUGCUGAAGGUUCCUCUGGGCUUCAUUAAGGUCUUACAAUGGUUCUUCGCCAUCUUUGCCUUCUCCACCUGUGGAAGUUAUUCUGGGAUGUUCCGGAUGGCGGUGGAGUGUAAGAACCGGACAGAGAGCGACCUGAGUAUAGAGGUGGAGUUUGAGUAUCCAUUCAGACUUCACCAGGUGUAUUUUGACGCCCCUACCUGUAAGGGUGAGGACAAGGAGCGUCUCUUCCUGAUUGGCGACUACUCCUCCUCGGCCGAGUUCUUCGUCACCAUCGGCGUCUUCGCCUUCCUCUACUCCACGGCGGCUAUCACCAUCUACGUCUUGUUCUUCGAGAAGUACAAGGAGAACAACAAGGGACCGCUGAUCGACCUGGGUGUGACCGCAGUGUUUGCCUUCAUGUGGCUGGUGAGUUCGGCGGCCUGGGCCAAAGGUCUGUCCGACGUGAAGACGGCGACUGACCCCGAUGAAGUGAUUACUCUGAUUUCUGCCUGCGAAAAAGAGCAGAACCACUGCCGUGAAGUCCACGACCCUGUCAUGUCUGGACUCAACACCUCCGUGGCUUUUGGUUUUAUUAACCUGGUCCUGUGGGUGGGAAACCUGUGGUUCGUCUUUAAGGAGACAGGCAUCAUCGCUCCCUUCAUGCGAGCUCCACCUCCUCAGGAGAAAGCUGCUGCACCAGACGCUUACGGCCAGCAGGGGGCGUACGAACAAGACCCGUACGCCAGCAACCAGGGAGGCUACCAACCCGAUUACAGCCAGCAAGGAUACAACCAGGAUGCAGAGUACGGUCAGGGGGCGCCCACCUCCUUCACCAAUCAGAUGUGAACUGACAGGAAGCAGAAAACACCGGAGUAAACCACCAGUGGGUCGCCUGCAAACUACCCACAAUGCAACACUCCUGUCUGUCUGCAAAGUUAAUGGGGGAGGGGAGGGGGGGUUAAAAGAGGGCUGGGUUUUAAAUGUUCACUAUAAUGAAUCGAUGUGUAAAGGAUAAAAAAAGAGAGUUAUAAAUAACAAAUCCACAACUUGAACCAAGCACCAAAACAACAACAACAACAACAACAACAACUCUGACGAAUAGAAACCUUCCGAACCAAGUGACGAUGUUGAAAAGUUAUUCAUAUUAAUCUGUGGAGAGAAUGUAUGUUUGUGUUGUAUAGAUAUCACUUUGAACAGAUAUAUAUAAUAUAGAUUCAACUGUUUCUUCAUGUUUCCUAUUGAACCUAAUGAUCCAACCCCUCGUUGUAUCCAAGGAUCAGCUUUACAUCGGCCAAUCACGAAGCUGUUCAGACUGGGUUCACACCGACACCAAUCAGAUCCAAACCAGUGUCAAGCUGGAUCCAAA